AUGGCAUACUCAUAUACAAAUCAACAAAAUGUUGCUUCUAACGGCGAUAUGGCUGAUGCAUAUGAACUUGGUUCGGCCAUGGCUCGUGAACAAUUAUCAGCUGAAGAUAAAAAACUUCUUGAUCAAAUGCAACAUGAUACAGUAAUUGUUGUACCUGGCACAUAUGAUCAUAUACAUCAAGUAUUGACAAGUUUAAAAAUUCCAUUUAAAACUGUACAACAAGAUGAAUUAUUAACUUAUCCAUUGCGUCCAAAAGAUCAAACAGUUUAUGUUAAUUGUGCUACUUCAUUUCCGCCUAAUGCUGCUCAUCGUUUACGUAAAUUUGUUGAGGAUGGUGGUCAAUUAAUUACGACAGAUUGGGCUUUAAAAAAUGUUCUUGAAGUUGCAUUUGGUGAAUUUGUUCGACAUAAUGGUCAAACGACUGGUGAUGAAGUUAUUGGAGUACAAGUCAAUGAUCCAACAAAUCCAAUUGUAGCUGGAUUUUUACCAGCUGCAAAACAUGUUGAUCCACAAUGGUGGCUUGAAUCAUCAUCAUAUCCAAUUGAAAUAAUUGAUCAACAACGUGUACGUGUUUUAAUUAAAUCAAAUCAAUUAAAUCAAAAAUAUAAUUCAUAUGCUGUACUUAUUACGUUUGAUUGUGAAACACGUGAUGCAAGACAUAAAAUGUCAUCAGAACAAUUUGCUGUUGAUAUGAAUGCAUCCGAAGGAAUUCAAUUAAAAGCAAAACAAAUGACAAAUUUAAAUUAUGCACAAGUACAAUCAUCAGUAACAUCAUCAGCAUUUAUUUAUAAUCAAUUAGCUGACAGACUUAAGAAGAUAUAA